CAUAACUUCAAAAGGCCUUAGAUAAUUGAGGCAAAAGAAAGUAGUUACUCGUUACCAACCACCAUUUCUUAUCAUCACUCUCUCUUCCACUAAUUUAAAACUCCAUUUCUCAUCAUCAACACCAACACAAUCAAUCAGUAACCCAGAAAUAUGAUGCAUCUUCUCUCUGCAAUCCCUCCACAACAUUCUUCUCUCUCCAAUCCAUCUUUCUUUUGCUCUAAUUCCAACCCUUUUCACCAUAAUCAUUCCCAAAAACCCCAAAUUUGUUGCUUCAAAUGCUACUCUUUUUUCCCAAUUCACCAAAAACCGCCAUUUUUGGCCAAUUCUUCAUCUUCUUCUACUUCUACUGCUACUUUAAGGUAUGUAAAUAACCCCAUUUUAGAGGAGGAAGAAGGAGGUGAGUGGGUCCCUUCUGCUUCGGCAUUGGCUUCUGUAAUACGCAAAGCUUCGUCUUCUCCCAUUGAAUUUACCCAGGAAAUUGAGAGGGACCCUAAAUCUCAAGGUAUUAUUCUACCUAGCCCUGAUUUUCAGAAGCUUUGUCUUGAUCAAUUGACCCUUUUCCGAAGGAUUGUUGACCCCAGUGCCCUUCUCUCUGUUUAUGUCAGGCCUGCUGGUAGCUAUGUGAUGGAUCGUUUAGAACUUCGACGUGUUACAUUUUAUCCAACAGUGGAUGGGUCUGAUAUUGUCAUUUUAGUUGGUAAUUUUAGUGUUCCAGCUGGGCUGCGUGGUGCUGAAGCUGCUCUUUCAAACAUGCAAGCUGAGGCAAUACCUGAGUGUAGAUCUGUUGUAUUUCCAAUGGUCAGACAUCCAUUUGUUGUCGGGUUUUUGGUUGCUGAACUUCCUGGUGUUGAGCUUGAAAAGGGACCUCAUGAUGCUUCUCAUUUGCCAUCUCCAGAAGAGUGCUAUGCAUUGCCCCCUAAAUUUGAUUCGAAGGCGCCAGAUAUCCCAUCAUGUGGUGGAAAUCCACUGACAUGCUUCAAUCUAUCAGCUGACCAGAGAUUAAAUGCUAUUAAUAUUUCUCAUUCCCUUGCUACGGCUUAUGUUAUGGAUCAGAAAGCAAUGCUACUUCAACAGACAUCUUGGCAAAAUAACAUCCGGAUGAGUAAUCUUGUUGAACAAAUUCGUGGACCAUUGUCUAGCAUACGGAGUCUAUCUAAAUUGUUAGCAGUUCAAAUCAAGAGAAGUGAGAUUGCUCAUGACAUUGUUGAAGACAUAAUGGUCCAAGGAGAUCAUAUACGAGACACCUUGGAACAGCUGCAGGAUGCUGUCCUCUUGACAAAGGCUAACAUAAUGAGAUUCAAUGAAGAAUCAUUGAAAAAAAUGGAUGGCUCAAGUUAUGCUCAACCUGAAAUGAGAACGUUUAAACUACCAAAGGAUGUGCCAACUCACCCACCUACUGAUAAGAUAAGAGACUCUGAUCAGCAACGUUCUUUAAGUUUGGCAAUCAAAGAUUUAGAGAUGCCAAUGCCACCAUUGGCACUAGCACCUGUACAACAGCAUAGCAUCAGACCGUGCAAUGUUUCUGAUAUAGUGGUGGAUUUGGUUGGAGCUGCACAGCCUCUUGCUCUAAACCAGAAGCGUAGAUUGGAAUUAUGUGAAUUCUCCCAAUACUUGCCAGUGGCUAUAGAAGAACCUGCACUGCGUCAGGCCCUCAGUAAUCUAAUAGAGGGUGCACUAUUGCGCACACAUGUUGGGGGAAAAGUUGAAAUCGUCUCUAUAGGAGCACCUGCAGGUGGUGCUCUUGUUGUGAUUGAUGAUGAUGGUCCAGAUAUGCACUACAUGACACAGAUGCAUUCGCUUACACCAUUUGGAGCAGAACUUUUUUCUGAUCAAAUGAUGGAGGACAACAUGACAUGGAACUUUGUUGCCGGCCUCACAGUAGCACGAGAGAUACUUGAGAGCUAUGGCUGUGUCGUCCGUGUCAUCUCUCCCCGGAACACAGAUGCUGCUCUUGGAACAGGUGGAACCCGAGUUGAAAUUUGGCUUCCUUCUUCGACUCCAUACAAUCACAGUCCUGCAGCUGAUGGGGCAUAACCACAUAAUAGGGUUUGGUUGCUCCCUUAUUUAUGAAACCCACUAUUUGUUGUAUAGUCCUCUGUCCUCACAUUGUGUUAUAUUUUCUCAAUUAGAAACCAGCUUCUGCAACCUGUAAAUACAAACCCCAUCUUUACUUUGACUGCAUCAGGAAAUGUAUUUUUUGUUUGCUAUGAAUCUACUAGAAAAUAUUGUAAUUACAGACUAUGAGACACCGAUAAAUUAAUUUAGGACAUUAUUACUCUUUGUCUUUUG